UGCUGGCUCUCUCUUUCUCCCUCUCUGUCUCACUCUCUCUCUUUCUCUCCCUCUCCUAUCCGAGCACAAUGAAAGCCUGUGUAUCGCCGUGACUCGGGGCAGUGGAGCCAGUGGUCAGCAAAGCGGCUAACAACAGACGGGAAAGAGAAAGGAAAAUACAAGCUACUUUUUUCCCCCAUCUAUAAAGCGGAGCAAUACAAGAGAUAGAAGCACAUUGCUUAUUGCGAGUCCAGACCCUCAGAUCCACUGGCUGGGAUGGAAUGUACAAAAGUGGACAGAAAAGUGUCUGGACGUGACUCGGUGAAAUUUGCUGGAAGUUUGUAAGUUUGACCAUCGUUUGUAAAUUACUCUCGGAAGAGUUUGUCUCUCUUGAUACUGUAUUAGAAUAGAGCUGGGGGUGAGGAAUAGAAACGUAAGCGGGAGGGGGGAAAUGUGUUGAAGGAUCUUUCUCAGUGGCUAGUGACUUCAGACUGCCUUCAUUUAAGGCUAGGAAACAGAAGGAAUGAGGAUUUCACCGGUGAUUGGAUUAGCUGAAGAGAAAAGCAUGGUCCAAAAGUCCAGUUACUGACAUUGUUAACAAUUGAGAAGCCGUCUCCCUCUUUUGGGAGAAGACAUCCCACUGUCCCCAAAGAGGAGAAAACACCGGAACGAAGGGAAAGGGAGGAGAAAUUAAAAGCCAAAAGACAGUCUCUCUUGAUUUUUGUGUUUUCAACACUGACUUCAAAAACCUUCUAAAACAGCACUUAUUUUUUAACCUGAGGAAAAGUAAAGGCUGCGGGUUACAUAGACCGGGUAGCAAUGCGUUUCUCAACAGAAACAUCUCCGUAAAGAAUUUCUGAAACAACUAGGUGAGGGGGAGUCCAGCUCUCUAUUAAUACCUCUCUCAAUUCCCUUUGCUGGCUCUUUCUGUCUCUGGCUUGACAAUCCCUGAAUUCUUGCUCUAACCCCCACAUUGUAGGUUGACACAGUACCUAGUGGCUCUCGUCAGCUUGGUGGGGGUGGGGGGACCCCGCCAACUCUGUCCAACUUCUCUAGAGCUGUCAAAUGCAAUUCGAGUAAGUUGAUCAGAGUUCGUUUCCAACUUAUCCUCUGCAAUUGGUUUCUAUUCGUGUUCCUCAUCCUCUUUCUACCAACACCCCUCCCCCACACCUCCUCCACCGCACCCCCAACCUCUGAAGACCUCUAUUCAUGUGGCCCUGAACACUGAGCUCACAUUGUCAAAACAGAUUUUCCUGCAAUAGCCAGCAGUAGCCUCCUUCCACCUCACCAUCCCAGAGGCAGCAAUCAUUGUGUCCACCAAGAUGGGGGACACAGCGCCCCCACAGGCCCCCACAGGAGGGCUAGGAGGGGCCCCUGGGGCGGGGCUCCCUGGAGGGGGUUCAGUCACCCCAAGAGUGCACAGUGCUAUUGUGGAGCGCCUCCGGGCUCGGAUCGCCGUCUGCCGCCAGCACCACCUGAGCUGUGAAGGACGCUAUGAACGUGGUAGAGCUGAGAGCUCAGACCGGGAGAGAGAGAGCACCUUGCAGCUCCUGAGCCUUGUCCAGCAUGGCCAGGGGGCAAGGAAGACUGGCAAACACACCAAGGCCACUGCGGCUGCUACCACCACUGCAGCCCCUCCACCGCCCCCUGCUGCCCCGCCUAUAGCUUCCCAAGCGUCAGCGACAGCAGCCCCACCACCCCCACCAGACUAUCACCAUCACCACCAGCAGCACCUGCUGAACAGUAGCAAUAGUGGUGGUGGUAGUGGGAUCGAUGGAGAGCAGCAACCACCAGCUUCAACCCCAGGAGACCAGAGGAACUCAGCCCUGAUUGCGCUCCAGGGUUCCUUGAAAAGAAAACAGAUAGUUAACCUGUCUCCUGUCAACAGCAAGAGGCCCAAUGGAUUUGUCGACAACUCGUUCCUUGAUAUCAAAAGAAUCCGUGUUGGGGAGAACCUCCCUGUAGGACAAGGGGGCCUCCAAGUAAAUAAUGGACAAAGUCAGAUUAUGUCAGCGACCUUGCCCAUGAGCCAAGCUACCCUGAGAAAGACUAACAAUCUGCCUCCCCAUACACAUUCUCCUGGCAAUGGCAUGUUUAACAUGGGCUUAAAAGAAGUGAAGAAGGAACCAGGAGAGACUCUGUCUUGCAGUAAGCACAUGGAUAACCAAAUGACCCAGGAGAAUAUUUUUCCUAACAGGUACGGAGAUGACUCUGGAGAGCAACUGAUGGAUCCUGAACUGCAGGAACUGUUCAAUGAACUGACCAACAUAUCUGUGCCUCCUAUGAGUGACCUUGAGCUGGAGAACAUGAUCAAUGCUACCAUAAAGCAGGAUGAUCCAUUUAACAUUGACUUGGGGCAGCAAAGCCAGAGGAGCACUCCCAGGCCCUCCUUGCCUAUGGAGAAGACAGUGAUCAAAAGUGAAUACUCCCCUGGUCUGACCCAGGGUCCGUCAGGCUCUCCUCAGUUGAGGCCACCAUCAACUGGCCCUGUAUUCUCCAUGGCCAGCUCAGCUCUGUCCACUUCAUCCCCAGUUCCUUCAGUCCCUCAGAGCCAGGCUCAGCCUCAGACAGCCUCAGGGGCAAGCCGGGCCCUGCCAAGCUGGCAGGAAGUAUCCCAUGCCCAACAGCUCAAACAGAUAGCUGCCAACCGUCAGCAGCAUGCCCGGAUGCAGCAGCACCAGCCUACUAACUGGUCAGCCUUGCCCUCUCCUGCUGGGCCAUCUCCAGGUCCAUUUGGGCAGGAGAAAAUCCCAAGCCCUUCUUUUGGUCAGCAGCCAUUCAGCCCCCAGACCUCCCCCAUGCCUGGGGUAGCCAGUGGCAGCAGCCAGCCGAAAGUCAUGGCUAACUACAUGUAUAAGGCCAGCCCCUCAGCCCAGGGAGGGCACCUGGAUGUACUCAUGCAGCAGAAGCCUCAGGAUCUCAGUCGAAAUUUUAUUAACAGCUCACACACAGCCAUGGAGCCCCGUCUUGGCAACACCAAGCCUUUGUUCCAUUUUAACUCAGAUCAAGCAAACCAACAGAUGCCUUCUGUUUUGCCUUCUCAGAACAAGCCUUCUCUCCUACACUACACGCAGCAGCAGCAGCAGCAGCAGCAGCAGCAGCAGCCGCCACAGAGCUCAAUUUCAGCUCAGCAGCAACAACAGCAGCAGCAGCAACAACGACAACAACAGCAGCAGCAGCAGCAGCAACAGCAGCAACAACAGCAGCAGCAGCAGCAGCAGCAGCAGCAGCCACCCCCACCCACCCAACCUCUGUCAAACCAGCCUUUGCUAAGGUCGCCCUUGCCACUUCAGCAAAAGAUCCUACUUCAGAAAAUGCAGAAUCAGCCUAUCACGGGACUGGGAUACCAAGUCUCCCAACAACACAGACAGGAUCAACACUCUGUGGUAGGCCAGAACACAGGCCCCAGUCCAAGUCCCAACUCCUGUUCAAAUCCAAGCACUGGAAGUGGUUACAUGAACUCCCAGCAAUCACUGCUGAAUCAGCAAUUGAUGGGAAAGAAACAAACUCUACAGAGGCAGAUCAUGGAGCAGAAACAGCAACUUCUCCUGCAGCAGCAGAUGCUGGUGGAUGCGGAGAAAAUUGCUCCACAAGAUCAGAUAAACAGACAUUUGACAAGGCCACCCCCAGAUUACAAAGACCAAAGAAGAAAUGUGGGUAACAUGCAACCAACUGCCCAGUAUUCUGGUGGCUCAUCAACAGUGAGUUUAAACUCUAACCAGACUUUGGCAAACCCAGUCUCAACACACAGCAUUUUAACUCCAAACUCCAGCCUCAUGUCUACUUCCCAUGGAACAAGAAUGCCAUCAUUAUCCACAGCAGUUCAGAACAUAGGGAUGUAUGGAAACAUGCCAUGCAACCAACCUGGCACAUACAGCAUCUCUUCAGGAAUAAAUCAGCUGACCCAACAAAGGAACCCAAACCAACUGAUAACAAAUCAGAACAACCCUCUAAUGCCACGACCACCUAACUUAGGGCCAAGUAGUAAUAAUAACGUGGCUACUUUUGGAGCUGGACCUGUUGGCAAUUCACCACAACUGAGACCAAAUUUAACCCAUACUAUGGCAAGCAUGCCAGCACAGAGAGCAGCGAAUGUAAUGAUCACAUCCAACACAACAGCACCUAACUGGGCCUCCCAAGAAGCAGCAACCAAACAGCAGGAAGCCCUGAAGUCCACAGGAGUCCGCUUCCCCACUGGUACACCUGCAGCCUAUACUCCAAACCAAUCAUUGCAACAAGCAGUGGGUAGCCAACAAUUUUCCCAGAGAGCAUUGGCUCCUCCUAAUCAGAUAACACCAGCAGUGCAAAUGAGACCCAUAAACCAAAUGGGCCAGACAUUGAAUGGACAAACCAUAGGUCCACUCAGAAGUCUGAAUCUCAGACCCAAUCAGCUAAGCACACAGAUUUUACCCAAUUUGAACCAGUCAGGAACGGGGCUGAGUCAGUCAAGGACAGGCAUAAGCCAGCCACCGUCUCUGACACCUGGCAGUUUUCCUUCACCCAACCAAAGUUCAAGGGCUUUUCAAGGAACUGACCAUGGCAAUGACUUAGCUUUUGACUUUCUCAACCAACAGACUGAUAACAUGGGCCCUGCCCUAAACAGUGAUGCUGAUUUCAUUGAUUCUUUAUUGAAGACAGAGCCUGGUAACGAUGACUGGAUGAAAGACAUCAAUCUUGAUGAAAUCUUGGGGAACAACUCCUAAAGGAGAAAAGGGAGACAAUUCACCAACUCCAAGCACUAAAAGGCAGUAUUUUACAAGGACUCUGGAAAGGCUAACAGUUGACUUUUAGUAGGACUACCUGAAGGUACCACGGCUUAAAAGUGGAAAGCAGAAAGUAACUAUGGGGAUGAACGUUUUGGUCCAAAAUGCUCAUUUUAAAUCUCAAACCUGAAAGUAAAACAUUGGGAUCACUUCUCCCUGUCUAAACUCCAGGACACAGUAUCUAAUUUAUCCAAACAGAACUGUGAUGUUGAUGUGUAAUUAGCUGUGUAAAAUAGGCUCCCCAAGCUCCUCUUCUCCUUGAAAGAAAAGUAAUACAACUUUUAGCUUGUUUAAACUCCAUGUCAUGCAGAGGUAUUAGUUCCAAUUAACAAACAACAAAUUCCUUAAUUUGCUCUAAUAUAUAUGUGUGGUUUCAUCUGUCCACUUUAUCUUUUCAUUUAGUUUCCCCAAAACUCCCUAGAUUGAAAUGUUACAGGUAUGGAUUAACCAAACACUGUCUGAAGUAAAGAAAAGCUGAAGAAACUAGAGGACAUCCAGUGAAUUUUUGAAUACCUUCCCCAGAUUCACCGCUUACUUUUUCAGUUUUCCCACCUAUCCUCUACUUCAGUAAGAUGCUGUAUUUAGUGAUGAGACAUGAAUGCAGAGCUAUCCAACUCUGUCUGGGUUUCUACAACCAAUUUCCAUGUCUAUUUCCAAGUCUUAGAUGCAAUCACAACUUGUCCAAGUCAUACUGAAAUAUUACUGCACAUAUGUCUGGAUCAGACUUCACUAUUUAAAAAAGAAAGCACCCCAUUGGACAUUGCUGUCUAGGAGCUUUAUUUGGCCACAGAUAACAUGGGGUAUUGUGUGUUAUAAUGGUCCCUGCUGGUUAGUUCCCAAGCUGAGUGAAAUUGGGUCUGGUCCUCCCUGAUUAUUUUGAUGACCAGAGACUGAUUGGUAAGAAAAGAAAGUUUGGAGGUCAAAACUGAGGUUAGAAGGUAUCAUGUUUUGGUUGAAGACAAGAAGCAAAAGAUCAGACCAGGGAUGGUGGGUAUGGGUGGGUACAAGUCUACUUCGUAGGCUUUGAAGGAAAGCAUAACUGAGAGAGAAAAUAAUCUGUCCUUAUUUAGACAUAUUGUAUCGGUAAACAGCUACAUGGAGUGUGAUCUGUUAGUACCAACAGUCUAUUCAGUCUUCUGUCCCUGAAGUGAUGAGUCAUUGCCACGUGCUAGAUGGACCCUUCGUAUCCAAGUUUUCUCCCUCAGGGUUCAGCACUGUAUCAAAGAAAGAGUUGGUGAGUCAUGUAACCUCAGUGCCCACAUACAGAUCAGCUGUGACAUGGGGAAGCUGUAGGCUGAUUUGAGAUGGAUGCGAAAUAUCACUAUCAUUUUCCUCAUUACAGAGGAACACAGGUUAGCUUCAGCUUUUUAGUUACAGGUGUAUACUCACAUAUUCAAUUAUUAAAUGUAAUUUAACUGAAGUCAUUUAAUAACUAAAAUUUUAAGUAUCUGUUCUUAAAAAAACACAUUUUGACAGUUCUGAAGAACCCUCUCCUAAUCUUUAAAAUGUCUAGAAGCACUCUUUUUUACACAAUACCAACAUCAGUGGCCCAGAAUCUUUUCUGUGCUAGGUUGUAAAUAUGAAUAAAUUACUUGUUUUGUAAACUUUUGUAAAGAAUAUUUUGGUAGAAAUACUUAAAACAUAUUCUUUGGGUUAUAUUUAUACUUAUGUGAAAUAAAUAUACUAUCAAAAGGUUAUAUUUUAUACAAAAAGUAAAUUGUUACCUUUUGUAUGCUAAUAUACAAAGUUUUGUAUAAUAUGAUGGUUUAUUUUUAGCUCUACACUUAAUCCAUAGGUGGUCAAGUGGAAACUUUUAAAAACUAUCAAGAAGCUUGUUAGACAAAUUUAUAUUCUGAAACCUCAGUAAGAAAGCAUUCCAGGUUUCAAUCUUUCCUUUUUUUUAAUUCUGAAAUUCUUUUUUAAACCCAUAGUUCUUGUGUCUUGUUUGAUUAUUCUGCUGUGCACAUUGUAUUGGUCCUUGUUGCAUGUGGUCCUACUGUGUGUUUUCCCAUUUUAUAGAACAGUGUUUCUCCAUGCAAAAAUGUAAGGAAAAAGUAUGUACAUAUAAACACUUUUAUUUUAUAGCUCCUUCAUGUUACUGUAUAUAUCUGCCAGCACUUCCCAGUUACACGCCCAUGAUUCAGCUUAUUUUUACCCUAACAUAAAUAGUUCGUUUUGUAGUAGGUAUCAAAUUUAAGAGAUAAAGCAAUCAAAAUGUUUGGAUUUUCUUCUAUCUUAAUGUGAAUUUUAUAAUUGAUGUCUAUUUAUUCAGCUAUUCAUUAAAAUACAGGAUUCUUUGGAAAAAA